UCCUAAGCUAUUAUUAUGUGUAUACUCUCAAGAGCCUCUCAACUCCCUUAGACUCUCUCUAUUUACAACUUGGCUUUGUGUCAUUUGUAAAAGAAUAAUGGGAAGGCAACCUUGUUGUGACAAAGUAGGAUUGAAAAAAGGGCCAUGGACUGCAGAAGAAGACAGGAAGCUCAUCAAUUUCAUCCUUACUAAUGGUCAAUGUUGCUGGAGAGCUGUCCCUAAAUUGGCAGGGCUAUUAAGGUGUGGAAAAAGUUGUAGACUUAGAUGGACAAAUUACUUGAGGCCAGAUUUAAAAAGAGGACUUUUAUCUGAAUAUGAAGAGAAAAUGGUGAUUGAUCUUCAUGCUCAACUUGGGAACAGAUGGUCUAAGAUUGCUUCUCAUUUACCUGGAAGAACGGAUAAUGAAAUAAAAAAUCAUUGGAAUACUCACAUAAAGAAAAAGCUCAAGAAAAUGGGAAUUGAUCCUAUGACACACAAACCACUAGCACUCUCUAAUGCAAGUGAUCAAACCCAAGAUCAACCUAAACAACAACUACACCAAUCAUUAGAAAAAGAACAGGAAAACCAACAACCUUUGACAAUUGACAUUGACAACAAAAUUGAAUCAAAAGUUGAGGAGCAUAAUAAGGAGGUUGAGAAGCCAAAGACGUCUUUUGAGUCACCAACCAUAAUUGAAAUCAAAGAGAAAGAUGAAAUUACAAUAACACCCUUAUUUGACACAAUGGAUGGAUUUUCUAUAGAUGAAGUUCCAAUGAUAGAACCUAAUGAGAUUAUAGUGUCUAAUUCCUCUUCAUCCACUUCUUCAUCAAAUUCAACCAAUUUCCUUGAAGAUCUUCAUCUCCUUGAUUUUGAAUGGCCUAAUAAUAAUAACAAGGAAGAAUGCAAUAACAACAAUAUGGCCUUUUGGGAUGAUGACUUUAUUAGUAGCUUGAAUUUGUUGCUUAAUGAUGAUGACAUUGAUGUUAAUAAUGGUGAAAGAAAGCAAGAACUUGAUGCUCCUCUUAGCAAUUACUCAAGAAUGGCCAUGGAUUUAGAAUCUUGGGCACAUGAAUUGUUUUGAUUUGAACUUUUGUUCACUUUACUUGUAAUUUGCUUCUAAGUUAUUUUUUAUUUUUUUGAAAAGGAAAAAAAAUUGCUUCUAUGUUCUUACAAAGAAUAAAGACUGAAUCAUCAAAUAGGAAGACCAAAAACAUGUUUAGCAUUAUUUUUCACUAGCUUUUACCUUGUCAUGUAAACAUGUAUGUACAAGAUAAUGGAAACGUUUAUUGCCAACUUUUGAAAGUCACUUUCAAAUUUAGUUGA